AUGGGUACCAACGGUAACGGAAACAAUUUCAGUGUUGUCAAUGCUGACAACACAACCGGUACCAACAUCAUUAUUCAGUUCAAUCCUGCUUCCCAAUUACCCAUCAAACUUGAUGGUAGUGACAACUUCGCCACCUGGAAAGCUCAAUUUUCCAUGCUUAUGUAUGGCUACAACCUCUUCGGCCAUAUCGACGGGACUACUCCAGCUCCAUCUCACACUAUCACCAUUGGCACGAAUGUAUCUCCCAAUCCUACUUUUUUACCUUGGUUCCGCCAUGACCAACUCAUGCAGAACGCCCUUAUGGCUUCUGUGGACCCCACCAUUGCCUCCACCGUUGCUGCAGCCGACUCGUCAAAAACAGUUUGGGAUGCUUUGCAUACCACUUAUGCUAACAGGUCCCAAACCCGAGUCUUCAGCCUGCGUGAUCAACUUGCCCGCGUCACUAAGGAUACUCGCUCCAUCACCAAAUAUCUUCACACCAUUCGGUCUCUUUCAGAUGAGUUACCCACUGCCGGUGCCCCUGUGUCCAACCCUGAACUCAUCGUCAAAAUACUCAGUGGUCUAGAACCUGAGUUCCGUGAGAUCUCUGCUGCCAUCCGUGCACGUGACACGACUAUCACCUAUGAAGAAUUGUUUGAAAAACUACUUGAUCAUGAACUUUUUCUCCGUCAAGAGGAUGCUAAGAAGCUAUCCAGCCCCAUAACCGCUGCAGUUGCCACUCCCACCAAACCUAACACCAAUAAUCACAACACCCGUAGGCAGAACAACAACUCUCAGUAA